UUCUCCCAUGGGAAGACCACGUCCGCUGCCCUAGUUCGUGUCUUGCUCAGUUGCUCCCCUGCUCUUCCGCAGCCAUUCUUUCCUUUCAAUUUUAAUCUCAGAAAAUAACUUCUUUUUUUAAGAGGAGCAGGAGAUUAAGAUGACGGGUGCUGUGGAAGAGCAGGAGUUCGAUUUGAUUGGAAAGAAGACGUUGCAAGAAGCGAAGAUGGUGAACGAGGAGCAGGUGGUGGAUCUGAAGGGUGAUUUGGAGGAAGAGGAGGUGGAGGACGAGGAUAGCGACUUGGAGGAGGCGUUGGAGGGGGAUGAUGUGGAUGAGGAGGAGGAAGAGGAGGAGGAGGAGGAGGAUGAUAGCGAUGUAGAGGAGGUACCAGCGCCGGGAGUCAGGGGUGCGCCGGUGUACACGGUGGAUGAUGAUGAUGAGGAGGAGGAGGAUGAAGAGGAAGAAGAGGAGGAAGGGGGUGAUGGGGACGAUGGAGACGGAGAUGAUGACGAUGAUGAGGAAGAUGAUGGUGAUGGCGAUGAUGAUGAUGAUGAUGAUGAUGGCGAAGAGGAUGACGAUGAGGAGGAAAUGGGAACAGAGUACCUGGUUCGACCUAUAGCCCGCCCUGAAGAUGAAGAAGAUGCAAGUGAUUUUGAGCCUAGAGAAGAGAAUGGUGAGGAGGAUGAUGACUUUGAGGAGGAAGAUGAUGAUGGUGAAACAGGGAAGGAGGGCCCAUCUGCUAAGAGAAAGAGGCCUAGAAAUGAUGAUUCUAAUGAUGAUGAUGAUGAUGACGACGAUGGUGAUGAUGAUGGUGAUGAGCGGCCAUCAAAAAGAUAAUUUUUUUCCUUUUAAGAAGAGGCUUCAUUCAGCUUCCAAACAGUAGACUGCGUUUUCUUAGAAGGAAGAAAGAAAGAAUAUUUGGAAAGUUAUUUGCUUUAGUAGUCAAUGUACAAGUUUUAGGUAAAGUUUAGACUUUGAUUUAGGGGAGGGAUUGAGUUAUUUGCCAUUAAUUGAGAGUCUGCAACUGUUUGAAUGUUUAUUCUCCUGUUUUUGUUUUUUUUAGUUAAAUGUUUAUUGAACUGUGUGAAUGUUUAUUUAAAAGUGAGUCUUCUGUUGAUUGUAGAAAGAUGAUGAUGAGUUGUUUCGUUUUGGGCUUUUAAUUGGUUUGCAUCAA